UCUCCGCCACUGCGUUCGCUCCGCGUCCCGCCCGCGUCCGCCUGCCGUCCGCCGGUGCCAUGGAUGCCAAGGUCGUCGCCGUGCUGGCCCUCGUGCUGGCUGCGCUCUGCCUCAGCGACGGGAAACCGGUCAGCCUGAGCUACAGAUGUCCGUGCCGAUUCUUCGAGAGCCACGUUGCCAGAGCCAACGUCAAGCAUCUCAAAAUCCUCAACACUCCGAACUGUGCCCUUCAGAUCGUGGCGAGGCUGAAGAACAACAAUAGACAAGUGUGCAUUGACCCGAAGUUGAAGUGGAUUCAGGAAUACCUGGAGAAAGCUUUAAACAAGAGAUUCAAGCUGUGAGAGGCGCAGGUUGGGUCAGGCGCCUGAGGAAGCCUUACAGUAGGAGCCCAGGUCUGAAACCAGUGUUAGGAAGAGCCUGCAGUGGCUCCCCAUGCGCCCAGGCAGGGCCCAGUACAUUUCCAAGGGCUUUCUUUUGCACAGUUUGCCUUUAUGUUCACCAUUUGAUUAUGUAGCAAAAUAUAUGGUGUUUAUUCUUCAUUUAGUUUGAUUAUCCCAGUGUCACUGGUGACAGAUAGGAACUUAGACUAAGGCCAUUAUUUUACUUGCUUUGUUAUAAUAUCUUUCCCGUGGAGCCCCUCACCCAACUGGAGGUUCCUGAGUUUUGUAUCUCCCUGAGCUGUGCAGGCUGAGACCCCAGAUCAUCCUGUUCUAGGAUGGAGAGCCCCUGGGACGGAUCAGAACCAGGGCAGACCCUAGUGGAGGCUGCCCCGUGCAAGGGGGGGAGCUGCAGGGACAAGUUUAGAGAGUCAGACGGGAGCCUCGCCCUUCCUCGGGGUGAGAGCUGGGGCCUUCCCCACUGGUGAGCAUCACAGGGCUUCCCCGAGCUGAGGCAGGCAGGGGCGUGAGGCCAGGGCAGGGGGAGCGCGCCCCUCAUCCUGAGCUCUUCUCUACAUCCCAUCAUGCUGUUAUCAUUCUCUCUCUCAUCCAUCAUCAUGUAUCUCCAAGACUGUCUCCAUCGCCCUGGAUAAAGACUCUCUCAAGACCAAAGCUUUCAUUUAAACUGGGCACCAAGAAGCAAAUCAAAAUGUCUUUCAUGCCACCCAGUUCUGAAAACACUGUGCACCUAUGUGUCUUGUUUGGAAUAUUGUCCGCUGUCCAACCCUGUGUUCUUGUUCAAAGCCAAUGUCCUCGGGGCACACACUGUCAGCUCCUCCGAUGCAAAGGCUCAGAGUAAGGAGAGGUCUUUUGACCAGGUUCCUGACUGGGGCUGUGAUCCCUCUUGGGUGGACAACCUGGGUUUUCCCACUGAUCACAAACCAAGGAAGGAUCAACAGAGCCCAGGGGAAUGCGGUGUGUACCGGGGUUGACCCAGGAGGACGCCAGCCUUUUACACUUCUACAGGUGGUAUCUCAGAACCCUGGGCAGUUUUUUCUCCAUUGCAUCAAAUGUAUGAUUGUUUAGGCAAUAACAUGAAAAGAAUCUUCAACUCUGUUUUUGGUUUUGGAAACCUGACCCAUAAAAUAAUGAAUCCUGGACAUGAAGAUACCUUCCCAAUUAAAAUCUAACCUCACCUUUUCUCCCACUUGGUCCCACCAUCUGCUACCUUGUACGGUGGCAUCCGGACUUCGCCACUGCUGUCAUCUUGUGCUUCCAGAACGUCCAUCCCAGUUUUCCUGUUAGAAAAGAGCGGGUAUUUGGGAAAGUAGGUUAAAACCCCCACGUGUAGAGUGUUUUCCGUGACUGAGGCCAGUUUGUAGAUUUGCAUUAAACAGUUUAAAUGCAGCAGGUAGGCACUUGAGGGGUUUUUGCUUGAUGUGUUUUGUUUCACAUUUCGUCUUAUAAAUACUUUGCCCUUUUGGCUCAAUAUCCCGGUAAAAAUAUUAACUUAAGAAAAUGGAAGAAAAGAAGGGCAAAACAAAGAAAUGUAUCCAUUGAGAGGACGCUGUAAACAACAUGCAGAAAGUAUAGUCUAGCAAAAUAAUCUUGAAUUGUAGGUGUUUUUAGAUUUAAUGAUCUUUGUGUUAUCAGUAAUAUGUUAAUAUUUCCAUAAAUAUUCCUUUAUAUAGGACCUUCGUGGUGGAAAGCCAAUCCCUCAGCCAAACAAAAAUGUGUAUCAGCUCUAUUUUAUUGAAUAGAAUAGAGUACAGGGACCAUUAUUAGGUAGAAGGAAUACAGAGCAGGUUUCAAAACCCUCUUUUGAAAUUAACUGGACACUACAGGGCUCUUGAAUUAUAUGUAAAAUGAUCCAUUUUCAGUGGGAUAGUCUUUUUCUACAUCAUCCAGGGUAUUUAAAACUGUCAUGGAAAAUGUGGAACAAUAUUAAGCAGAGCCAUUAAAUCUCUUACUCCAAGAAAAUAAACGUGGCCCUAAAUCUUGAUUACAGUUAAAGAAUUGUUUGUUUCUCCCCAACAGGUGGGGAAAAUAGGUAAGAGUAGAAACUUCAAGGAAAAGUAUCUGCCUAACAAUUGCUCUCCUUGCAAACUGCUCCUAAGUGGAGACUGCCCAACCAAAGCAAAUAUGCAUUUAAAUAGUCAAUUUGCAAAGGAAAAGGCUCCCCAUCCCCUUUUGAUUUAAAAACCCGAGUCAAGUGCAUUAAUUGAUUAGGGAUCAACCAGCUGUUCCUCCUGGUCCAGUGCUGCUCUACCUGACCUUCCCCUGGGCUCCGUGUAACCUCCAAGUCUGUGCUCCUUUGCUGGCCUUUGCAUCAGGAUCUAGGCAGCUGUGGGGCCCGGGUGGGGACCGGGACUCCCAUUAGUGCUGUGUGUUUAUAUCCGAAUCUGUGCCAUGUGUUGUUUUUCACUGUUCUUUGUCCAGCCCCCAGCCAGGUGCUGAGACCCCAGCGAGGAGGCUCAGGAGGGGGUGGGAAGAGUGUGGACCUGUCCUCCAGAGAAAGGAGGUUCUGCU